UUGACACCGCCCCUCCAGAGGGUGCAGCGGGACGGUCAGAAGCAAAACUGUCUGCUCGGUCGGCUAGGUGUAAACAAAUGUAUAGUACACCGUGGUGCACGUCAGAGACUUGUUUUAAUAACUGGAGCAGCUGCCGCCCUGUCACCAUGCAGACGGAUGCGUACGUUUUCCUUUCCGACACCGAUAACACGGUUUGUUUUGACACUCGCUAGACCUGUCAGUGCCUCGGCCGGGUUUAACGCAGGUAAUUUUAUGCCCUGGUUGUCGUAAUGUUCACCGGGUGAUUGGCACAUAGCUAACGGUUAGCAACCCGCAUGAGUCUGGUUGUUUUCGCAUCGAGCUGUGAUAAUUUCAGAGGUACGUGAACAUGGCAUCGUCCGCCGACCACGAUCUGUCUGAAGCGGACAGCAGCAAGGACAAAGCUCAGGUGUUUGGCGUUUUGAGGCUGCAGGAGGAGAAAUCUGCUGCAGGAGAUAAAGCUAAUAGUAGCAGCACUAUUAGAGGAGGAGGAGGUGGAGGAGGAGACGGGCGAUGGCAGGCUCCUAUCUUCGCUUUGGCCAGGAAAGCAUCCGAGACCAUUUCAGGGAGCAUUCACGUCCUGCCCAAAGUGUCGGAGCACAGAACUUCUCUGCCCGGGGACUGGACCGUUCAAGCCAUGCGAGACCCCAUGGCCAUGGAGAGAGCCAACCUGCUCAACAUGGCCAAGCUGAGUAUUAAAGGGCUGAUCGAGUCAGCUCUGAGCUUUGGACGAACACUGGAUUCAGACUACCCACCUCUGCAGCAGUUCUUUGUUGUCAUGGAGCACUGUCUCAAACAUGGCCUCCGAGUGAAGAAGUCCUUUCUGGGCUUUAACAAGUCUCUGUGGGGUCCUCUGGAGCUGGUGGAGAAACUGUGUCCUGAAGCAGCAGAGAUCUCCGCCUCAGUACGAGACCUGCCCGGACUAAAGACUCCUUUAGGCAGGGCCAGAGCUUGGUUGCGUCUCGCUCUAAUGCAGAAACGGCUCGCUGACUACCUUCGACUUCUCAUCACCAGAAAAGACCUGCUAAGUGAUUUCUAUGAGAAUUCAGCGCUGAUGCUGGAAGAGGAGGGAGCAGUAAUCGUAGGACUGCUGGUCGGUCUGAACGUGAUCGAUGCUAAUCUGUGUGUCAAAGGCGAGGACCUGGACUCUCAGGUUGGGGUGAUUGAUUUCUCCAUGUACUUGAAGAAUGACAUCGAUGAUUACAGGAGUGAAGAGAGGAAUAGCCAGAUAGCAUCCAUCUUGGAUCAGAAGAACUAUGUGGAGGAGCUGAACCGACAACUCAACUCCACAGUUCAUGGUCUUCAAGGUAGAGUGGACUCUUUAGAGAAGUCUAACUCGAAGCUCAUAGAGGAGUUAGCCAUAGCCAAGAACAACAUCAUCAAACUCCAGGAGGAAAACCAGCAGCUGAGGAGUGAAAACAGCCUCAUCCUGACAAAGACACAACAACAGUUAGAGGUAACCCAAGGCGAUGUGUCUGUGGAGAGAGACACAUACAGACAGUCUCGUCAGGGUUUGGAUGAGAUGUACAAUGAGGCUCAGAGGCAACUGAAGGAGGAGUGUCAGCUCCGACAGGUCGGACCGCAGCUGUUUGACGUGGAGAAUGAGUUGGUGGUCCAGGUGUCGAUGAAACAGGAAAUGGAGCUGGCUAUGAAACUUCUAGAGAAAGAUAUUCAUGAAAAACAGGACACGCUGAUCGGACUGAGGCACCAACUGGAUGAAGUCAAAGCCAUCAACGUAGAAAUGUACCAGAAGAUGCAGUCGUCUGAUGAUGAGAUGAAGAAGAAGAACAAUGUGAUCAGUCGUCUGGAGGAGAAGACCAAUCAGAUCACUGCCACCAUGAAGCAGCUGGAGCAGAGAUUACAGGAGGCAGAGAGGCACCGCAGCUCGGCAGAGGAGGGAACCAGACGCUUCAAGUUGGACUUCGCUAACAAGGCGGACAGCCUGCAGCGGCAGAUCGAACACAGAGAACGGCAACUCCAGCAGCUGGAGACAGACCUAAAGAUAGAGAGGGAGUGGAGGCAGACAUUACAAAAUGAUCUGGAAAGAGAGAGAGACACGGUGUCUCAGCUCAGCACAGAGGCGCUGCAGAUCAACGGACUGAAAAAGGAGUUCCAUCGCCUCCAAGAUGAAAACAUUCAGCUGAAAUCAAUCUGUGAGGACCAAGAACAAGCACUCGAGGAACUGGGCUCCAAACUAAGCGAAUCCAAACUGAAGAUUGAGGACAUCAAAGAAGCAAACAAAGCUCUUCAGGGGGGUCAGGUUUGGUUGAAGGACAAGGAGGCCAGCCACUGCAAGCUGUGUGAGAAGGAGUUCUCCAUCUCGAGACGAAAGCAUCACUGUAGGAACUGCGGGGAGAUUUUCUGUAACAGCUGCUCGGACAAUGAGCUCCCUCUCCCCGCCUCGCCCAAACCAGUCCGAGUCUGUGACACCUGCCACGCCCUCCUCCUACAGAGAUGCUCCUCCAAUCCAACAUGAAGGAGUGCCACACUGCCUCAAACAAUCUGAGACCAGACUCAAAAAUCACUUCAGUCCUUUGCAAGAUCCACAACGCAACUUAUCUUGACAAAGUGUUUGCUGCUAUAGACAGACCAUGUGAAUCCAAAUUUAGUACACUUGGCACACUUUGUCCUGCACAGACAAAUUAUGAGGAACAUCUGCAUCAUUCUGACCUCAUUGUUUCAUUCUACUUCCUUGUUUUGAAUGUGAGGGCUCUGUUAGUUUACUAUAACGUGAGCCUAAUUGUCUUAACUUCAUAUAAGACAAAUCUCUGGUCUGUCAAAUCGUAAGCAAUCACUACUGCUGGUAAUCAAACUUUUAGUGAAGCAGAAGACACAAUUUAUUUACAGUCAAUAUGAAUAUCCAUGGCCUGGGUGAAAAGAGACUUGCACAGUGGGUCGUUUUAGUAUUGCAGUGGCCACAAAUACGUCUACAUUAUCAAACAUUCAAUGUGUGCCCAUAAUUUAAAAUACAAUCAACAUUAUUUCUACAUUCCUGUGAAACAUUGAACUGGGCAGGGCACAGCAGGAACAAACAGCUGGACUGUUCAGGCGGUAAUGGAAGUUGUCAGAAGCUGUAAGCUUUUGUUUUUCUCACUGGUAGUCACAUUCAAACCCAGACAGACCCUUGUAGGUUUAAAAAGUUUGGCUCCUAGACUGCAUAUAAAGAUGAAUACAUAAAUAUUAUGUAUACACAGUUCUACAACGUACUGAUUAUAUACAGCCUAUGUUAUGGAUGUAGGGGACCCUCAGCAUGUACUGACACUGAUCAGCGGUGGAAGGUUUUGAUAAAUCCCCCUGUACAGUUCAGCUACACAAUGCAGCCUGAAGGUAAACAGAAGAGAUUAUAUCAUUUAUACAUUCAGUACUGUGGCCUUGUUACUGUUACUACACCCUCCAGUGAACACAAACACAAAGACAGCAUUUACACAGGCACAAAAAAAAAACAAGUCAAUACCACUACAUGCUAAACUGAAAUAUAAAUUGAAUAUUUAUUACUGUUCAGUGAAAGAGGUAGAGUGUGCUACAAAACAUCUGUAUUUGUCGUGAUGCUGUCAUAGCUGCAAAAGUUUACCAUGAACCUCAUAGAUUACGUUUUGUAGCCUGCCAUCUUCUGCUCCGACGGACUAAAAAAAGCCUGAAAGUAACAUCCAUGCUUCUCAGUGUUUAAAUGAAACUUUUCUGCAAACUAAUGCUAGGGGCAGAUGUGCUUUGCUGAUGCAAAGACUAGACUAGUUCCCCUUUAGAAGAAACUGAAAAUCUUUGGGUUUUUUUUGCAAGUGUUGAUGCCAUUUGUGCCUGUGUAAAGGCGACAUUUAUUACCUACAUGUGCUUCUCUUGUUGCCAAAAUAAGCACUACAUUUUUACCGAGAGGGUUCCUGCAUAGAGGAAGAGAUCGGAGCAACACUCGCUUAUACUAGCCAAAGAAGCAGUCUUGAUUAAAGGUAAAUUUCCUGUUUCUCUUGGAGAAACUGAUGCAGUUUAUGCUGCCUGAAGGACCAAGAAAAGCAUCUGAUUUUUUUCCUCUCUGGUAGCUCUUCUGUUGAACCACUGACAGCUUUCUCCCAACACGACCUCUUCACUGACUACGUGUGAAGAAGAACAGACUUUUAAUGUCUCACCUCUGAGAAAACCGCCACAAAGUAUGAUUGGACACUUGCCAAUCCUAUGUUGCUGAAGGUGUAGAUAAGUAUUUAUAUUUUUGUUUUAUGCACAUGAUUUUUUUUUUCUUUAAGAAGUCCAGGAACUUGUUGAACUUUGACUUUUAGUUCUUUGUAAUAUGUGCUAAAGGAGACAUUAUAGAAGAACCACAUAUUACUGCUGCUCCAUUCCUGAGAGGGGAGAUGUUAAACUUUUUUUAAAUCAAGGUUGAGACAAGUUUUGUCUUUAUGUCAAACUAAUGCUGAUGACUGAUAAGUGCACGUUCCUCAUUGACAGGUAAUGAUGUGAGUUAACUGCACAUUCUAGUUUUGUACUUAAAAACAAUGUUUACAACCUGAACCUUUUUUAAGAACUGGAAGUAUUCAUUCCCUCAUGGAGACGGGACAGGCCUGGGUUCAUUUUCCUGUUGCUAAUAUUUAAAAAGCACGAAUAAAGCAUAUCAUUAUCGAGUACUAUAGGCAAAAUGUUAAACUGCACUCAGGCCUGAAUGUUUUUGUACAGUGUCACUCUUCUGAACCUCCCAGCCUUCAUGGGAACUUGUACAGUGUUGAUUGUUGUAAAUACACCAUGUUGAUAAUCACUGUGGCACUUUGAUUUAAUAACACCUGCCAGUUGAAUGGUUCAACUAUUGCCAACAAAAUGUUGCCUUGACUGUGUAGCAGUUUCUGAUUAAAUCAAGUGACAGAAAAAA